UUUUUCAACAGCAACAAGGCUAUUGAUUCAACCAUCUCGCUAGCCAACUAAAAACAGAAAUAUUGACGUUUCUUUGGCAUUUUUUUUCGUAUAUUAAUCUCGGUGUUUUAAACACAACUAUGUUUGCGUAUCUACUGGUUUACUUGAAAGUAAUUUGCUUGGUAACUUUUCAAAAAACGUGUUAAGUUUGAUACUGAGUUUAGCACAAGGCUUGUCGCUAAUGCUAACUAGCCAACGUCCCUGACCAUGAGCUCACUAAGCUACUCCCCUCCUGCUAAAGAAGAGGUCUGCUCUAUGGAGAAAGACGCUCUGGGACUGAACAUUGUUGUAAAAGAAGAAGAGGAGAAUAUUACAGUGAAAGGAGAGGAAGAAGCUUUCAGAAUAAAACAGGAGGAAGAGGAGGCUGUUACAGUGAAAGAAGAGAAGGAACAUUUUGGAGAGGAAGAGGCAGAGGAGGCUCUCACGUUGAAAGAAGAGGAAGAACAUUUUGGAGUGGAAGAGGAGGCUAUCUCAAUAAAAGAGGAGGAGGAAGACGUAUUGGGGGUGGAGGAAGAGGAGACAGAAGAUCGGAUUAACAUCAGAGAGAGACCAGACUCUCACUCUGACAACAAGAAGAGUCCUUUAGGGGAACCAGAGCCAGAGACGCCCAAACCAGCAGGACCACACCACUGCUCUCAAUGUGGAAACAGUUUUUCUACGUUAGGGAAUCUAAAACGUCAUGAGAUGGCACACACAGGAGAGAAGCCUUUCCAAUGUUCCCAGUGUGAUAAGAGUUUUACCCAGAUAGGGAGCCUGAAAAGGCAUGAAGGAAUACAUAAAGAAGGUAGGAAGACCUACAACUGCUCUCAGUGUGGAAAGAGAUUUACUCAGUUAGGUAGCCUGAAAACACACAAGACAGUACACACAGGAGAGAAGCCUUUCCAAUGUUCCCAGUGUGAUCAGAGUUUUACCCAGAUAGGAAACCUGAAUAGGCAUGAAGGAAUACACACUGGAGAAAAGCCCUACCAAUGCUCCAAGUGUGAAAAGAGAUUUUUGCGAUCACAGUACCUAAAAUCACAUGAGAUGACACACACAGAGGAAAAGUCUUUCCACUGCUCCCACUGUGGAAAGAGCUUUACUCAGUUACGGAGCCUGAAAAGACACAAGAGGACACACACACAUGUGAAAAGCCCUACCACUGAUCCCACUGUGGAAAUAGUUUUACUCAGUUAGGGAGCCUGAAAAUGCAUAAGAGAAGACACUCUGGAGGAGAAGACAUACCACUGCUCUCAGUGUGGAAAUAGUUUUACUCAGUUAGGGAGCCUGAAAAUGCAUAAGAGAAGACACUCUGGAGGAGAAGACAUACCACUGCUCUCAUUGUGGAAAGAUACUUUCCCCAGUCAGAGGACCAGAAGUCACAUGAGAGAAUAGAGAGGCUGUGUUCUGA